AUGGCAAAUUUUACAUAUGUCUCAGAGUUUGUUCUACUUGGAUUCCAAGGGGGUGCGGGAAUGCAGACAAUGAUAUUUCUGAUUUUUUUAGUCCUGUAUGUCAUAGCUGUGGCGGGAAACUUUGGCAUGAUUGUAAUCAUCAGGGCGAAUGCACACCUCCACACCCCAAUGUACUCCUUCCUUCAAAGCCUUUCCUUGUUGGACAUCUGCUAUUCUUCCACCAUUGCACCGAGAGCUCUGGUGGACUGCAUGAAAGAGGACGACACAGUGUCCUUUGAGGGGUGUGCUGCUCAAUUCUUCUUCCUGUCUCUCUUUGGUACUGCAGAGGCAUUCCUCUUGGCUGCCAUGGCCUAUGACCGCUUCAUCGCCAUCUGCAACCCUCUUCUCUACUCUGUGAGCAUGUCUUACCAGGUCUGUGUGCUAUUAGUGUCAGGGUCCUACUUCUGGGGAGUAGUCAAUGCCGUCACUCAGACAACCAUGACCUUCAGGUUGCCCUUCUGUGGGUCCAAUGAGAUCAAUGACUUUUUCUGUGAUGUGCCCCCACUCUUGACUCUGGCGUGUUCAGAUACCUUUAUAAACCAACUGGUUCUUCUUGGUUUAUGUGGCUCCAUUAUUGUCAGUACCUUCUUGAUCGUUCUAGUCUCGUACAUCUACAUCAUCUCGACAAUCAUGAGGAUACAGACAAUGCAAGGACGCCAGAAAGCCUUCUCUACAUGUGCCUCCCACCUAACUGGAGUGUGCUUGUUUUUUGGUACAGUUUUCUUUAUGUACGCACAACCCAGUGCCAUCUUCUCCAUGGAGCAAAGUAAAGUAGUGUCCAUCUUUUACACCGUUGUCAUCCCCAUGUUGAAUCCCUUGAUCUACAGCCUGAGGAACAAAGAUGUCAAGCAAGCUCUGAGGAGGAGCAAGCCAAAGCUCUCUUUGAGAUUACUGUGCCUGUGGAGCUCCUAA